CCUCCCUUCUGGGGAGGGAACUCGGCUGAGAGUAAUGCCAUUUGUCCUAGCUCUGGGAUUAGGUGUGGCCGCGUUAAGUGAAGAGUGUGUAGCCAUUAAAGGGAUGCAGUGAAGGGAAGCGGAGCCCAGCGCAGCUGCCGGAAGUCUGCCUUGGCCCCGAGGGCCCCACUGAGUGAGCGGCAUGUGGCAUCCCCGGGCCUCCCCAGAGUCCUUCAGCCCGCUGCCCAGCACCCUCAGGAGGCCCUGACGCCCUGGGGGCACUUCUGCUGUGCACAGGACCACGUGGGGCUUUGCCAUGGUGACAUAAAGGGGCGCGGAGGAAGGAAGGAGCGCGACCGGCCUGCGGACUGUGCCCCUGGCUGGGAGGAAGGGCCGGGGGCCCGGAUCUUCCCCUCCUGCUGCCCACCGAGGGCCGUGCUUGCUAAGCGUCUGUGAAUUUGUUGGCCAGUGGACGACUCUGGUGUCUCCUCCUGCGUGGGGCCUGGGGGUGGCCAGGGCAGGCGGGCCCCCGGCGGCCGAGGUCUCGGGGGCCAGGAUGCCCGCCCUGGCGCGCCUCCGGAGGCUGUGUCGGCACGUGUCCCCGCAGGCUGUCCUUUUCCUGCUGUUCGUCUUCUGCCUCUUCAGCGUUUUUGUCUCGGCCUACUACCUGUAUGGCUGGAAGCGGGGCCUGGAGCCCUCGGCGGACGCCCCCGAGCCUGACUGUGGGGACCCACCCCCCGUGGCCCCCAGCCGCCUGCUGCCGCUCAAGCCCAUGCAGGCGGCCGCCCCCUCCCGCACGGACCCGCUGGUGCUGGUGUUUGUGGAGAGCCUCUACUCCCAGCUGGGCCAGGAGGUCGUGGCCAUCCUGGAGUCCAGCCGCUUCAAGUACCGCACGGAGAUCGCGCCGGGCAAGGGCGAUAUGCCCACGCUCACCGACAAGGGCCGUGGCCGCUUCGCCCUCAUCAUCUAUGAGAACAUCCUCAAGUACGUCAACCUGGACGCCUGGAACCGGGAGCUGCUGGACAAGUACUGUGUGGCCUACGGCGUGGGCAUCAUCGGCUUCUUCAAGGCCAACGAGAACAGCCUGCUGAGCGCGCAGCUCAAAGGUUUCCCCCUGUUCCUGCACUCCAACCUGGGCCUGAAAGACUGCAGCAUCAACCCCAAGUCCCCGCUGCUCUACGUGACGCGGCCCAGCGAGGUGGAGAAGGGCGUGCUGCCCGGCGAGGACUGGACGGUGUUCCAGUCGAACCACUCCACCUACGAGCCGGUGCUGCUGGCCAAGACGCGCUCCUCCGAGUCCAUCCCGCACCUGGGCGCGGACGCCGGGCUGCACGCCGCGCUGCACGCCACGGUGGUCCAGGACCUGGGCCUGCACGACGGCAUCCAGCGUGUGCUCUUUGGCAACAACCUCAACUUCUGGCUGCACAAGCUGGUCUUUGUCGACGCUGUGGCCUUCCUGACGGGCAAGCGCCUCUCGCUGCCUUUGGACCGCUACAUCCUGGUGGACAUCGAUGACAUCUUUGUGGGCAAGGAGGGCACGCGCAUGAAGGUGGAGGAUGUGAAGGCCCUGUUUGAUACGCAGAAUGAACUACGCACACACAUCCCAAACUUUACCUUCAACCUGGGCUACUCAGGGAAAUUCUUCCACACAGGUACUGAUGCUGAGGACGCCGGGGAUGAUCUGCUGCUGUCGUAUGUGAAGGAGUUCUGGUGGUUCCCCCACAUGUGGAGCCACAUGCAGCCCCACCUUUUCCACAACCAGUCGGUGUUGGCCGAGCAGAUGGCCCUGAACAAGAAGUUCGCUGUCGAGCACGGCAUCCCCACAGACAUGGGCUAUGCGGUGGCGCCCCACCAUUCGGGGGUGUACCCUGUGCAUGUACAGCUGUACGAGGCCUGGAAGCAGGUGUGGAGCAUCCGCGUGACCAGCACAGAGGAGUACCCCCACCUGAAGCCAGCCCGCUACCGCCGUGGCUUUAUCCACAACGGCAUCAUGGUCCUCCCGCGGCAGACAUGUGGCCUCUUCACACACACCAUCUUCUACAAUGAGUACCCUGGUGGCUCCAGUGAGCUGGACAAGAUCAUCAAUGGGGGCGAGCUCUUCCUCACCGUGCUCCUCAAUCCUAUCAGCAUCUUCAUGACACACCUGUCUAACUAUGGGAAUGACCGCCUGGGCCUGUAUACCUUCAAGCACCUGGUGCGCUUCCUGCACUCCUGGACCAACCUCCGGCUGCAGACGCUGCCCCCAGUGCAGCUGGCCCAGAAGUACUUCCAGAUCUUCUCCGAGGAGAAAGACCCGCUCUGGCAGGACCCCUGUGAGGACAAACGCCACAAAGACAUCUGGUCCAAGGAGAAGACAUGUGACCGCUUCCCAAAGCUCCUCAUCAUUGGCCCCCAGAAAACAGGCACCACGGCCCUCUACCUGUUCCUGGGCAUGCACCCGGACCUCAGCAGCAACUACCCCAGCUCAGAGACCUUUGAGGAGAUCCAGUUUUUUAAUGGCCACAACUAUCACAAAGGCAUCGACUGGUACAUGGAGUUCUUUCCUAUCCCCUCCAACACCACCUCCGACUUUUACUUUGAGAAAAGCGCCAACUACUUUGAUUCGGAAGUGGCGCCCCGGCGGGCAGCUGCUCUGUUACCCAAGGCCAAGGUCCUGACCAUCCUCAUCAACCCAGCGGACCGGGCCUAUUCCUGGUACCAGCACCAGCGCGCACACGAUGACCCAGUGGCCCUGAAGUACACCUUUCACGAGGUGAUCACGGCUGGGCCCGACGCGUCCUUGAAGCUGCGUGCCCUCCAGAACCGCUGCCUGGUCCCCGGCUGGUACGCCACCCACAUCGAGCGCUGGCUCAGCGCCUUUCAUGCCAACCAGAUUCUGGUCCUGGAUGGCAAACUGCUGCGAACAGAACCUGCCAAAGUGAUGGACACAGUGCAAAAGUUCCUUGGGGUGACCAACACUAUUGACUACCACAAAACCUUGGCGUUUGAUCCAAAGAAAGGAUUUUGGUGCCAACUGCUUGAAGGAGGAAAAACCAAGUGUCUGGGCAAAAGCAAGGGCCGGAAAUACCCAGAGAUGGACCUGGAUUCCCGCGCCUUCCUGAAGGACUAUUAUCGGGACCACAACAUCGAGCUUUCCAAGCUGCUGUACAAGAUGGGCCAGACCCUGCCCACCUGGCUGCGGGAGGACCUCCAGAACACCAGGAAAGAAUCGCUGAGUCCUACAGCAUCGACCCAGUCCUCAGGGCCUUCGUCGGGACCCUGGGGCGCUGCCGUGCCAUCGGACCCCGAGACCCAGGCCUCCUUACCCCUGUUCCUCACCCUGGGAUAGGACGUGUGGUAUUUCCUGUGGUAAAAGGCUGAGGCGGUUCAGGAGUCUGCCAGUAUCCAUGUCCCAAUGUACAUAUGUCCUCCCCAUGCCCACCCCCAACCUUGGCCCCUGGCAGACCCUGGGCAGAGUGGGUGAGCCUGCCACCCACGCCUUUGCCCCAGCUACCUGUGGCCAAGGGCUCCUCGAGACCCACCCCCAUUAACCCCCCAAAUACUAAGAAGCUAAAGUAUUUUAAUAUUUUGUUUUUUUUUUUUUCUUGGUGCCAGAGUUUAUACCCUGGGUGCUGGGGUCGCACUGUGUUAUAUAUAUAUAUAAUGUGUAUAUAUAUAUAUUAUAUUUUUUUUGGUUGGGUUUGUUUUUAAUUCAGUUGUACAAAAUGGUGGCAAGCCCCAGUGUCCUAUCUCAGUGCUAGAGAACGGGAUGGCAGGGAGGGGAGGGUGAGGUGCCCCUGGAAGAGGUCUCUGUUCCCUCCCCAAGUGUCGUGGCUGCCCUGGGGCUUCUGCAGCUGAACAGAGGUGGUGAGAUGUGCAGGGAAGACCUACUCUCUCCAGGAAACCUGGCUCCAUGAAGCGCAGUGACCCUGGAGGAACUUCGGCCAAAGGAAACAGCAGGGCUGGGGUGGGAGGCUGGGGGCCAAAGGCGGGCCUGUCCCCUCCCCCUCACAUGGUGCUAGGUUGGGAGCUGCCCUGGGAGCUGGGCUGCCCACUGGGACCCACAGAGCUGUCUCCAGGCCCCCUGCAGACCAUGGGAUCUCGGGGCUGUCUUCCGGUUAGGGUCUGCUCCUACCCCCUCCAUUAACAAUGUGAAGUGACUAAGGCUGGGCGCCUCUCCCCAGCCCCUCCCACUGCCAGUUCAGCUUCCAGCCGACAUCCAGGAAACCCUUUCUGGAGAGCCUUGUCUUGUGCAGAAGACUCUAGCAUCUUGGGGCUGGAAGGGUCCUUUGAUGGGUAUGGAAACAGGUCCAGAAAGGCGAGGCGGCCUCUCGGGCCAAAGUCUCGGAACUGGGUGCGAGCAGGGCCGAGAAUUGAACUCGAGGCUCCUGAUUCUGAGUCCAGUGCUCUUCUUCCAAUGCCACACUGCCUCUGAGCCCAUCCUGGGGACCCUGCUCUGUGCCAGGCUCCUGUCUCUCCCUCAGUCACCCCCGUGGUCAUUCCAGGAUAGGGGACAAACCACUCCUUCCCAGCCAGGGUGCCUUUGAGCCUUCUCAGUUCCUGGUCUGCGUGUGCAGUCCUGCCUUGCUCUCCCUGAGAGGUCCUCCCCCGUCUGCACGGGGCUGGCUCUGUCUGACCUCCGAAUUCGUCCCCUUGCCUCAAGUUCUUUGCCAGCGGUGGAGAAGAAAGGCGAGUACUCAGUGGGACAGCUGCAUGUGGGUUCAUGGUCUCCCGAGGGAAGCCUUCCCAUCGUGCUUCUCAUCGGGGCCUUUGAGCCUGAGAGCCCAGUGUCAACCCCGCAGGGGAUGAGGAACAGAGUGUCUGGGGACAGGGUGGCAUGCCUGCUUGUACACUCGGGAAGACUUGCCAGUGCCGUGGAACCAGACUCACAGAAUGGGGCAGCGACUUCCAUAGUGCAAACCCCGGGCCUCAUCUCCCGUCUUCUGGUGAAGGGCUUGGGCUCUGUGGCCUGUGCAGACCUUACAGCUCCCUCUGUGUCUGGACACCUGCCCCCAUCUCUGGGAGUUCAGAAUGGCUGGUGGGCGAGGAGCUCCAUUUCUCUUUGCCUCUGGCCCGAGGAAGGAGCAGGCAGGUUUGAGACCCCAUGGGAGUAAAGGAAAUAUUGGGGAAUGUUGUACGGGCCCUUCUGGGAGGCUGGGGUCUUGACCUGCCACAUGUUCUAUGUCUCUGUGGUCACUGCUACUUAUUCCCUUCCCACUAAUGAAUCUUGCUCGUGGACCCACUGCCAGGACCUGUAGAUAUUGGGGUGGGGGGACAGACAUAUCCCUCUAGGGGCUCAGCUUCUGAGCACACAGAUCCUCCUCAUGAGAGGGGCAAACCAGAGGGCAGUGGGUACAGCAUCUCUGCAUCUUCAAUGUUCACUAAUUCACUGUACUUGGCCAAAAAAAAGAGAAA